AAGAAAAAACAUCCACCUAAAAGUGAAGCGUCCUGAUCGUCACGCGCUGCCAAAAUGCUGUACAAAAAUUUGAGCUGACAAUUAGAUACUGCCCAUCUAGUCCCUUCCUAAGAAGCAAUUGACGUCACCCAGAAGAUUUCUCUCCUCCGCCUUGCCGUGUAGUGCACGAGCAUAGCCUAUUUGGCUAACCAUAUAGUCCCCUCCAAAUGCCCAAACACAUGCCUUUCGGCCUUUCUUUAGUUUUUACAGAAAAAUUCUCUAGCAUUCAAAUAACAGUACAAAAGAAAACAGAGCCACCAAUCGGGCUAUCCUCUCCUUUCUACAUAUUAUAAUACUAAUAUUUUAUAAAAAUAUUGCCCAUUUGAUUCCAAUAUUUUAUUCAGCAUUCAGACUUGUUUAUGCACCACCAUCACACUAUUUAUCCUCUGUAAAGACCAAAACUAACCCCCUCCUUCCUCCCCUUCCCCUGGCAAAACCAGAACCAAAGCAUCUUUUUUUUCACCCAUUUCAGCUACAAUUUUGGGUUUGAGAUUUUGGUCUUGUUCCGACAAAAACAUGGCUUCAAUAUUGAGCUCGCAAGGAGUGGUAUUAGCCACAGCUAUGGCAGUCUCUGGCACUGUAAUUCUCCUUGCUUUUCGUCUGCAGAAAUCUUUACCUCUUGAUCAAAUCCCCCAGCCUUCUCAACAAGUCCUCCGCUCUUGCAUAUCUUCUGGGAAGAAGAGGGAGAAGAAAAAGAAGAAGAAAGUGCACUUUGCGGAAGAUGUGAUGGAUCCGAGAGGAGAUGGGGAAGAGUUCAGGAGACAGCUGAUGCAGAAUCCUGUUAGAAUAGGUAGCAACAAUAACUCUCCGGCAGCUUUAAACUCAUCAACAAAGUUCAAGAAAAUUGGUGGUGGUAAAGAUAGAGGAAUGCCCGCUAACAGAGUUGCUCUUUACAAUGGAAUUCUAAGGGAUCGUGUUGUCCAGCGACUGGCUUUUUCUUACUGAGAACUAGGAAAACAGAUUUUUAUUUUUAUUUUUAUUUUUGUACAAUCAAAUUUGUGCGUAUUUUUCGCUACACUUUGUGUAGUUUGUAAUUAUGUAAAUACUAUAUAGUAUAUAUUGUUUUUUUUUUUAAUUUCAGUUCUCAUUUUUUGUAAGAAGUUUUACACUUGUACUGGUUGGGGAUGACUGGCUAGUUAGACUCAUUUGGUAGUUUUCUUUU